AUGGCCUAUAAUGACGAUACGUGCGCACUUAACACCCCCAGGGGUGCUGGGGAGAAUAUCACUUCAUGUGACACUCAAUUCGAACUUGCCGAAAUGUCCGAGCUCCUGUUUCUGAAUCUUGAAUUCCUCGACGAUCUCACCUCUUCAACAAUGAAAAAGCUCGAGGAAGAAGAGGGAUUCAUGUAUCCAGAUCAGAAAUUCAUGCUCACCAAGGUCGCAAUCAGCGCAGGCAGCUUUCUGCACCAUGCGGCUCCCAGUACUACAUAUAGAGCUUCAGAGCUAAAGUGCUUGCAGAGGGUCAAUUCGCAGCUUCCAUUAAGAUCUAUUGAUGUUCCAUAUCUCUUAGACUUCCUUGCCGUGGCGUUGUGUAUCGCGAUCAGCCGAGGGUAUGACUUGGUCGUGAAGCGCAUUCUCACUCUGCCGGACAUCGACAUCAAUACCCGAAGAGCGAGAGAUCAGAGCCCUCUUGAAAUGGCUCUGAAGAAUCAGCAAUACUACAUCUUUCAACUUCUCCUUGCGGACCCUCGAACUAAAAUCAAUCAAAAGAACAAGCUCGGCCAAACCCUCCUUCAUCAUGCGGUAGAAUACAGGGAUCUUGUGGCUGUUCAAAUGCUUUUAGCACAUGAUGAGAUUGACGUCAACAGUCUGAAUGCUGAAGGAGAUGAUGUACUUCUUCUAGCUGUGGCAACCUAUGAGGAGUAUCUGCCCGGCAUUGGUCUCUUACCAAUUAUUGAACGCCUCAUCUCUACUCCUAGCAUCAACGUGAACCAGCAAGAUAGCGACGGACGAUCGGCCCUCUGGCAUGCUGUCGAUUUUGGCCAUAAGAAGCUUGUUGAAAUCUUUACACGUGCUGAUCAUGUUGACUGGAACCUGCCUGAUCACCAAGGCUUCACUCCACUUGCCCGUGCUGCCGAGAAUGGCAAUCUACACAUGGCCGGUCUCCUUUUACUGCAGUCUAGGGUAUGCGUCAACGCUGGUCUACGGCGGGUGGUGCCUCCACUCUGGGUAGCAUGCCGGGCAGGGCAAGAGUCAAUAGUGAGCUUACUUCUGGACCACAACUCAAUCAACAUCAACGAGAAAAGCCCAGAAGGAACCUCGUCUCUGCAGGUGGCAUUGACUAUGCACCAUCUGCCAAUCGUGCGUCUACUACUCGAUCAGGAAGGCAGAUUAGCAAUCAAUGAUCAAGGCCCGCAGUGUUGGACUGCUCUGAUUUUCGCUGCCGCUGGAGGCUUCUGUUGCGCCAUAGAUCGUUUGCUUGCAUUUCCUGGUAUCGAUAUCCAUUCAGUUGACGAUUGUGGCCGCGCAGCUUUGUGGUGGGCGGCAGCAGGCGGGCACACUGAGUGUGUCAAAUUGUUGAUCAAGCAACCUCGCUUGGAUGUUGCAGCUCGCGAUUUUAAUCACAAAAGCGCCAUGGACGUUGCAAAAGAGCGUGGCCACUGGGACACAGUUGGUCCACUUCAAGCAGCAGCGAUGUGGUACUUUCUUCUAUGGACUUUGUGUCGACGCUAA